AUGAAACUAAAAUAAUAUUAAAAUACCUGGUAAAAAUAUCUCUUUCAUUUGGGUUUUAAUUUUAUAUUUCCGCACUAAUUUGGGUUCAUUUUAUUAUUAUUGCAAUGAGUUGGGGUCAUUAUGGGGUCAAUAACUUCAUCUUAGCUAACAUUAACCGGCAACUACCUGCUAUAACACUGUCUUUCACAGAAUGUCUGGAACCAUUGGGAAUGGAAUCAGGCGAUAUUUUUGAUGAACAACUAAGCGAGAGUUCUUAUUGGAUCGGUCCAACCGACCACAGUGCGAGACGAGGCCGACUAAACUUAACGCCAUUAGCUGGAUCGUACAUAGGCGGUUGGUGUGUUGGAAACGGAGAAUCAGAUUUAAUCCAUCCUUGGAUUCAAAUUAAUUUGCUUGUAGAGCACAAUGUUACUGGUAUUCAAACGCAAGGUAGAAAUGAUCAGGGUCAAUGGGUUAGAAUCUACACUAUAAGCUACAUUAAAGUACACGAAAUGGGAGAGACUUAUAUUACUGACGGUUACGGAAAUCGUAAGGUUUUUGAUGGCAACAGUGACAAAAAUAGCAUACGAGCACACUAUUUUAAUCCAGUGAUACAAGCUGUAAUUAUCAGAAUUCGUCCCAAAGAUUGGAUGGGUAAUGUUUGUUUGCGAACAGAGGUUCUGGGCUGCAGGAUAGGUAAGGAAUGGGUUCGAGUAUUCAAGGGAAUAUCCAUGACGGGACUGAGUAUUUACGAUGCUUGGAAUACGGGUGCAGGAGCAUCGAGCUAUCAUGCUGAUAGAUUUCUUAUUAGUAAUAAGCACUACAGAAACAAUGCAAUAUUAAAUAACUGGUCAUCAUUUGGUAUUAAGAAGGUAAAACUGACUUUAUUCUCGCCUACAAAUGAAGAAGUGGUGUCGGUUAUUUUCAACAGUGUCAGUGCGACUAGUACGUCAUGGUUCUCAAGGGAUAACCUUGAAAGUUCGCCGUGGGACGACAUUAAAACCGCUACCAUUAAUUAUUUUUCGAUAGCAGGGCAUGAUGGAAGUGUAAGACGAAACUUCUUUAUGAGCAACGCUUACUGUGGCUGUACGUGUGACGUGGGGUGGCUUGUAGUUGAGGCAGGUACGUCUUGCCCUUCAUGGGAAGGAUACAGUACAAAUCCCAGAAUACUUUACAGCAAAGCAGCCACAAGCCAGAGUUGGUACUCAGGAGAAAUUGGUUUAGCUAGAGCAAUGACAAUUGACGUUACAUUUUAAAUGAAGGCAGAAACAUUCAUCAACCCUAAUGCUUUUCGACUGUCAACAUGGGCGGGAUUCUCGAGAUCUUACCGUCUACAGCGAUGACUGGUAUAAUGGAACAAUGUUAAACAACUGGUCAAUCAGAAUGUGUUAUCAAAUAGGCUGGGCCACCUAUACGCCUAUGUCUUACAAAACGCAGACGUUUUGGUUUACGAAUUGUUUCUAUGAAUGACUAUCGUUUUGUAGGACAUUGUUUUAGCAAUUUGCCAUUAAUGUGGUAUUUAAAAGAACUCUCAGACAAUUCUUUCAUCUACUAUAUUAAUUAAUUGUAUCUGUAUGUGUAUAGAAGCCUUGGUUUUGACGUGUAAGUACGCGCGACUACGACGUGUGAGCUGGAAUAUGACGUGUGCUUACAAGUGACUAUGACUCGCGAGUACUGAUUCAACUGAAAAUAGUGUUUAUUUAAAAUGUUAUUGUGUAAGAUAUAUAUUCCGUAGGUUUGUUUGAUAUAACGUGUACAAAUAUGGCAAAAAAAAAAAUUUUGCUCAAGACUCAAGCCCUGCAGACCGAAAAUCUAGAAAAUCUCAGGGCGGGUCUUUUUUUUCUUCUUUUUUUUUUACAAAGGAAGAGCCCAAAAUAGGCAUAUGAUGUUUGAAUGGUCACUUUAUUGCUUAUAUCUAAUACCUUUCAUACAUUUACUGUAUAUUUUAGCAAUAGUUGCCACUUUACCAAUCAUUCAAUCAAUCACUGCAAUCAACAUGGUGAAUGAUAUGGUUGGCAAUGUACUCUAGAAUAGGGCCUAGACAUAUAUAGGCCUAAGUAUAAUAACAAUGAUGACCGACCCAUCCUGAUAAUAGUACGCUCCUGUACUUGGGCAACUCAACAAUUAAAUCAUUAAAACAAUUAGUUCAUUACUUUAAGUGCAAAUUUUGAGACGAUACAUACUUAUUUCCAACGAAUAAUAUAAUUAUGUUGAGUAUUAACAUCUUGUGUCAACGUCUGGUUCAUUUUCUUCGAAAUCUUUUUUUUUUCUCUCCCUCUCUCUGGACCGGUAGCUGUUCGCGGUCACACGUUGGUUCUUUACGUACUUCCGCAUUUGCUGGCCGUGUCUUAUUAGUAGUCAGUUGUUUUGCAGUGUUACCAUUUACAUACUACAGUCGACACUGGUACUAAAUAGAUAAGUGUCUUGACUUUUAGAUUCGUGCGGAGUAACAUUAUUCAAAUUCAAUAUAGGCCUAAUUGAAUCACCAGCACAGUUUAAAAAAAUCAUUGAACGUUUCACUGAAGUGUCCUCUUAAUAGGGGUGUCCCCUGGAUAGGGUGUCCCAAAGGAGGGACUCUACUGUCGAUACAUAGAAAUUCUAUUUCCAAGGGUAAUAAUUUUUUAGGUUAAUG